AUGUCGAGCAUGUCCGUCAUUCCUCACGAGGAGCUGCCCAUUCUCGAGGCGCUCAUCAACAUCCGUAACAGGCUCACAGCGCUCAAGAAGGACAGCUCCGAGUUCAUCCGCUCGCACGACGUUCAACAACUGUACCAACAUGUCAUCAAGCAGGUGACAAGGCUCAACGCCGUCCGUGACGAGCAACAAGCCAACGCACAAGCUUCCUCCACCGCCAGCUCCACAUCCGACCACCAAGAUCAAGGCGAUCAAUCCACAGCUGACGGCACCGACGACUCUCCCGUCCUCCAACACAAUCGCGUUGAUACCACCUUGAACGACGUCUUCUCUCUCCUCAGCCUCUUCUUCCUCACUAUUGGACGCAGUCGAGAGAGUCCUGCCACCUUCUCACAACUAAGCUGUAUGAAGCAACUACUCGACCACCUUCAGGAGUCCGGUAUCUACACCGAGGCUGACCUGCAACCAUUCGGAUCGCGUCUCACCGAAUUGCGCGAGAUCAUCCGCAGAGACGGUGAUUGUGGCCGACAUCCACCACAACUCACCAAGCUCAUGACGCGCAAGCUCGAGAUCUGUGAAAAGACGGUUCGCAAACUCGAAGGCUCGCUCAAGGUGCUUUCUGUCGAGCUUGUUCCCAUCCAUCAGAAGAUCAUUUCGAUUCGACGACAACUCGCAGCAGCUGCGGCCAAACCAAAGCCGGCACGAGCAGAGAUCAAGCAGCUGCAGGAGGAGCUGCGAAAGAUUGAUGCAAAGCGUGUCGAUGGCAAAUUCUUGGGUCCAGGUGGUAGUUCCGUCCCUGCUGGUCAGGCCAUCCUCGUUGGCUUGCUCGAGGAAUGCUUCGAGAUCUGCCACGACAUGACUGUACGCAACGACGAGGUGCCCAUGACCUUGCAGCCAAUCUACGACCGACUCGUCGAGAUCAAGUCACAGCUCGAACACUUGGUCUUGACGCAUCGUUGGACACUGCGCGAGACUGACCUCUGGAACUACCAAGUCACACUCAAGGAGAUCGAUCGACUACGUGUCAACGGUAAGUUUGUCGACUCGGAAGGCAAGCAGCCCGAAGGCCAAUUGGUGCUUCUCUACUUGCUUCGACGAUGCUACGGUCUCAUCUAUCGACUCGUUGCAUCCUCAGAACCCAUCUCGGAGGAGCUCAUGCCCAUCAGCAAUAAGCUGUCCACCGUGUCCAAGUGUCUCAAGGAGGUCUCCAAGUACGGAGGACCCUUCACCAUGCGCGACCUCUACCCUUACCGUCUGGCCCUACAUCAGAUCGACAACAUGCGAAGCAAAGUGUUGGACAAAGACGGCAACGACACUGGCGUCCGAAAAUGGCUCGGUCGUGACGGCAGUGUCCCUGAAGGUCAAGCCAUCCUCCGAGCUCAGUACGAAGAGGUGGAGCAAACCAUCGAGGAGAUGCUCAACCGUGAGGACGACGACGAUGAUGACGAGGAGGAGGACAUGUGGGAUGGCGACACCGCAUCCAGCGCAUCUCUCUCCGGCACAGAGUCGGCGGCUUCGGACAGCGAGGAUGAUGGCGAGGGUCCAUCAGCUGAAAUGGUCAAUCAAGCUCUGAUGGCACGCGGAAGUCCAAUGAUUGGUAUGGCACCACCAGACCAACCUGCUACACAGCCCAACUCGGCUGCCCCUUCCAGAAAUGCCAGCUACACAUCCAGCCUGUCCGGUCGGGAGACUGGAUUCAGCGGCGGUCUAACAUCGAUCACACCCUUAUCAGCGGCUACUGCUGGUGCAACCCCUGGGGCACCUCCUGUCACUGCAUCUCCCAUCCCUGUCCCUGCUGCCGAGCCUUGUUCCUCAACCGCAUCCAGACCAGAGGUAGACACGGCAGGAGCUUCAGCGUCGUCCUCGACGCCUUCAGCAGCAGCCGCUACCCCUUCUCCCACUGCAUCUCAGCUGCGCUCACAAAAGAUCGGACGGGACUUCCGUGACGGUGUUGGUGACUUGACUGGUCUCAGCUCGCGCUCUCCUCCAAUCAACAUCCCUGAUGGCAAGGCCACCUCGCUGCAGGCCAUGGCCCAGGCGACUGCUCCAACGCCCACGUCUGCAAACGGCUUGGGGGUUUCACCUUUGUCGCAAGUACCAGCGAAUAUAUCCGAUCGUCUGCCGGCAGGAGCUGCACCGCUCGCUAUUCCCACACCUGGCAUUCUUGAGGACCAGAAGCGAUCGGGUCCAUCCAUCGGUACACACAUCGAUGCUGUGGUGGAAGGCUUCCAGGAAACAUCAAUCAAUGAUGUUCUCUCGAGUUCCGCAAGCACCGCAUACGAAAGCAGCACUACCUGA